AUGCUGGUCCCCAACACUUGUCUCCCCACUGCCAGACACAGCUCUGACCACAAGGAGCAAGCUGAGAGAAGGGACAGAGAGCUGCAGGAGGUGGUGGUCCUGCAGACACCCAGCCAUGUUCCCUCUUCACUGGAGCAUCCCACCGGCAUCAAUUCUGGGGUAGAAUCGCGCCAUCCUCAGAAACCCCCCAACACAAUCCUGAAGCGGGUGGUGGUCUCGGUCCUGCCCAGCCCGUGCAGCCGGUUCCUCUGGAGCCGGCCGGAUGAGUAUCGCGGCAGAAAGGCUCUGCUGGGCGCUGGCUUUGGGAUGCUCCUUGGCCUCGGGCUCUGCCACCUCCUCAUCAUGCCUCUGGACCUGCCAGAGACACAGAGGGUGAAGCUUACCUGGGGGCUGACAGUGGUGACUGCCUUGGGCUGGGCCACAUCCCCCCAGUUCCGCUGUGCCAACAUGCUCAUGGUCCCCAAGUUCCUGGGAAAGGAGGGUCGGCUCUAUGUUGUCUCCUUCGUCUUUGCUGCCAUCUACAACGGGCCUGGGGCCAACCUCUGGUACAACCUGAUGGAGACAAAGCGCUCGAUGGACUGCGUGGUGGAGCUACAGGUCAACCACACACAACACCUCUGGCAGGCAUCGACAACCCCCCUGCGCCAAGUCAUGGAAGAGCUGGUGGUGAGGAGGGGUCUGGGGCAGUGGGUGCUGGGGGGGCCAGGGGAGCAGGACCAAGCCUCUGCCUGUGUCUGCCUGCCCUGGCAGAGGAGCGCAGAGACCCUCAACACUGAGAUGCAGAACAUCUCGCGCGCCUUCAUGGAGCUGAACGAGCAGGUGGCCAGCGAGGAGGGCUACGACCUGCGGCAGCGCCCAGACACGGGCACGCAGCCGGCCCCCAGCACCCAGGAGCUCUAUGAAACAAAGACCAAACUUCGCUGUGAAGCUGUGAUCGAGAGGGGCCUGCAGCGCUGCACAGGCCAUUUCCAGAACAUGUACAAGAAAUGCAAAGAAAAAGUGACCGUGCCCCUCGUCAGCCACCUCAUCUGCCUGCCCAUGCAGUUUGGGUUCCUCUGCCACUCGGUCAAACUCAUGAGCCGCUGGUGCGAGAACAGGAUCCCUGUGGAUGGGAACUUUGGGAAGAUGUAUGACCAGGUGAACAGCUCUGUCAACAGCCUCAGACAGGAGUUCAGCGCCAGCAUUUCCUACCAGGAGGAGCACCAUAAGAUGCUGGUGGGCACUGAGAUAGCGGAGCAGCUGCGGCAGGAGGUGACCUCGCAGCUGCAGAGGGAAGGCGCCCGCCUGGGCCUGGCUGUCUCCUUCUUCCGCCUGCUGCUGUCCUUCACCUUCCUCUUCGUCUUCUUCUCGGCUUUCCUCUACACCCAUCAAUACCUUCACAACCUCGGCUUCGACAACUGCUACAUCACCACCUAUUUCCGCCAAAUCGAUGCCCGGCGUAGGGAGCAGAACAAGCCGACGCUGCUGCCCCUGCUCCGGGAGGAGAUCUCGUCUUUUAUUUUCCCGUGCAAACCGGCCCUGCAGCGGCCUGAGCUGCAGCACAUGCUCAGGUACAUCCCAGUCCUGCUCUUCCUCCUCUUUGUCUGUGGCCUGGACCACUUCAUCUUCAGCAUUCUCAGCAUCAUCCAGCAUCAUUCCUUUAUCGAGUAUUCCUACCAAACCAGCCACCACUUGUCCGUGAACGUGAUGGGCACAUCCCUGAUGGCGGAGCUGCUGCGCGGCACCAUCGGGGCCCUCAACGCCUCCUUCGACACCGAAGUGGAGACCUCGAAUCUCGCCUGCCUGCCGCAGCCCACCGGGAUGACGAGGCAGCAGUACCUGAACACCUGCCUGCCCCUGGGCGCGCUGGCCCUGCUCUGCCUGGCCCAGGUCUACCCGUUCCGCCUGCGCCGCGCCAUCGCCGCCUUCUACUUCCCCAAGAGGGAGAAGGCUCGGGUGCUGUUCCUGUACAACAGGCUGCUGCGGCAGAGACAGAAUUUCUUGCUCCUGCAGCGCGGGCGCGUAGCCCGGCAGGCUCGGCAGCCACCCACGCUGGGGACGUGGCUGUGGUGUCGCCGGCGCUGGCCCUGCCUGCGCCGCUGCCUGCGCCAGAGCUGCACCUUGUGCGGGACCCCCGAGACCCCCCAGCACCAGCCCUGCCCCAAUCCCGACUGCGGCGCCUUGUACUGCGAGUCGUGCUGGAAGCUGGAGGGGGGCACCUGCCUGGCCUGCAGCCCUGCGGACCCCGACCUCGUCCAGGAGAGCAGUGAGGAUGAGGAGGAGCAGGGAUACGCGGGAUGA